CGGUAAUCCCUGACGGUAAUCAAGAUGGCGUCUAGACAAACACUGGCUUCUACAUUCUACUAACAGCAAUGAUUUAGAAGAAAUUUUUAAAGAUUAUGUGCUCAAUGUGUGAAAAUUGCUCCCUAUUUUUCGCUAUCUGUAGAAUAGGAUGUUAUAAGUGCUGUCAAAAGAUUAAAGGCAAGCAACCAGAUGUGCCGAGACCAGUGUAUUCUGUUUUAAUGAUUGGACUCAGUCAGGCUGGUAAAUCAGUGCUGUUAGCAAGACUGGGAUAUUUUUGUUGUAGAUAGCACUAGYAGUGAGGAAGACCUGGAACUAGCUGCGGCAGAGCUACAGUCUGCCCUGUCGCAUCCUGCACUGAGAGAUCUACCACUUCUUGUGCUGGCCAAUAAGCAGGAUGAAAAAGAAGCAAGAUCAGUUGAAAAGUUGGAAGAACUUUUAGACUUGAAAACUCUAGCAAGAAAUCGGCAGUGGCUUAUUAAGCCAUGCUCUAUAGACAAAAUAGAUGAUGUGCGUGAAGCAUUGAGUUCAUUUGUGGAGAAGAUUACAGGUCCUGUCAUAGAUACACAGCCGGAUAACAGACUUUAAACACGAAAGCUAAUAUAGUCCUUUUCUCGAAUCUGCUUAUUAACAAAAGUGACCAUGAAACAAUGGCUUCAAGUUUAGUUUGAAUUUGACAAAGAGGGUAAAUGCGUGAACACUUCAAAUUCAACCCUGACUUGGAAAACGUGUUUCAUGGUCACUCAAGUGAAUGUGUAGUUCCAGAAAUCAUCCAUACCCAUGCCAUCCCACAGAGGAAUUUGAAAUUUCCGAAGAGAAGGGGGGUCAGAGAAGGAACAAAAAUUACAGAGUUUGUAUUGAAGAAAAUUGGAAUUUCCAGUGGAUAGGGUAGUCUUUAAAAAAAUCCUCCAUGAGGGGGGUAUGGAUAAUUUUUGGAACUACACAAAAUUAUACUCCUUUGUAUUAAUGCAAAAGGUAUAAGGUCCUUUAUUUUUUAAUUUACAAGAACUGCCCAAUUAAGAAAAUAUUUGGUCAGUUGCCUAAAUGGGAUUAAUAGGUAGCUAUACUAUAAAAUAUAUAUUAAUUAUUAAUAUAAGUUAAUGUGGAAUGGUAGAGUAUGUGAGUAUCGGUUUCAUGGACCUCAUGGUUCUUUCCCGUUGUUAAUUACGUCCGAUUUAUCGCUUAUCAUCUCUCCAUUUACUCGCAUAUAUUUCUCUACAAGUCUUACAAAGCCUCAAAACGUAAGACACGCACUAGUACCUGCCCUGGUUGUAAACUAUCAGCUGCUUUCAACUCAUUCUGCCCUCCUGUUAAGAAUUGCGAAGGUUUAUUUAAUUAUUAAAUGGGCAGAACUGCCCAUUCAAUUUCCACACUUCGUAUUUAUGGGGGCUUGAAGAACCCAACGAAAAUGACCGCUCGCCAACAUGAUUGGCUUCAUAGCUCAGUUGGUAGAGCAUCGCACCGGCAUCGCGGAGGUCAUGGGUUUGAUUCCUGUUGAAGCUUGAAAUCACUUUUUCAAGUCUUUCUUUACAGCGUUCGCUUAGAUCGCUCAUUCACUGUGAUGAUCAACACAUCUAUCGUUUAUUAUUAACGGCAGGAUGUCAGCUGACCAUGGCUGACAGUCAGCCAACAGGGCAAUAAUUGCAUUAUUAUCUGUGCAUGCUGUCUUGCUUUUUACCCAUAUCAAGUGUUGUAUCUCAUUUUUUGUUUAUGAUAACAAUAGAGUCUGUUUAAUUGAA